AUGACCAGAAAGAAGGUGAAACUUCAAUACAUAAUCAAUCAAUCCAGUCGGAGAGCAACCUACAACAGAAGAAAAUCAAGUUUACUGAAGAAGGUUAACAAAAUCAGUAUCCUUUGUGGAAUAGAAGCAUGUGUCGUAGUUUAUGGUGAAAACAAUGUUGAACCAGAGGUUUGGCCACCUGGUCCAAGAAUACAAAACGUGUUACAAAAGUUAUAUGGUUUAUCUAAACUCGAACGAAACAAAAGGGCAGAGGAUUUGGAGGGUUACUUGAAGAAAAGAAUAGAGAAAUCCCAUGAACAGUUGAGAAAACAAAUUUUGGAGAACAAGAAGAAGAAAUUUACCAAUGUCAUUGAUAAAGCCCUAAUUAAUCUACAUAACAAUACUGAUCUUGUGAACAUCAAUGAACUCAAUGAUAUGAAAGAUGAACUCAAUGAUCUGACAAAAUUUAUUGAUAGCAAUAUCAAUGAAGUCGAAAAAAAGUUGGAAUCGAUGAAUAUUGAAGACGAAGAGCAUGUUGUGAAUGGAGGAGAUAUGCAGGCUCAUGUUCAUGGUUUGGAUAUCCAAAAUGAUUAUCAAUAUCUUCCUUGGGAUAACUUCGUGUUAUCAUAUCAUGAUUAUAAUAUGGACACAGAUAGUCUUUGA